AGAUCCCUCAACUGACAGUAAUGUCAAACGUGGACAGGAGCAGACAGGCAGUGCUGUGAAAGCAACAGGAGGAAGAAGAUCAUUCCUAUAGCAUCAUUCUUCUGACCACACACACGCAUGGGGAACAAUAGCAGCUCCACAGUGGAUGAUCUGCAGGCUAUCGAGAUCCACCACUGGUACAAAAAGUUCAUGACGGAGUGUCCUUCUGGACAGCUGACAGAGUAUGAAUUUAAACAGUUCUUUGGGCUUCGAGGGCUGGAUCCAGAGGCCAGUGAGUACAUUGAGCAGAUGUUCCGCACGUUUGAUAUGAACAAGGAUGGAUAUAUUGACUUCAUGGAGUAUGUGGCUGCCCUCAGCCUUGUUCUCCGUGGGAAGAUGGAGCAGAAAUUGCGGUGGUAUUUCAAGCUCUAUGAUGUAGAUGGCAAUGGCUGCAUUGAUCGACAUGAAUUGCUCAACAUCAUUAAGGCUAUUCGAGCUAUUAAUGGUGGUGACCAUGAAACUAGUGCAGAAGAGUUCACCAACCGAGUUUUCAACAAAAUUGAUGUGAAUGGAGAUGGUGAACUUUCUCUGGAUGAAUUUGUGGAGGGAGCAAGGAAAGACAAGGAGUUCAUGGAGGUGAUGAUGAAAAGCUUGGACCUGUCACACAUUGUGGCCAUGAUCAACAACCGUCGGCAUAGUGUAUAAGUCAAGCUAGGAGAAGACACUGUGCCAGUAGACUGAACGGUGUACACACACCAAAAAGGAGAGACAGCAUUUUUUAAAACAAACAGAAUUGCCAUAAACACACAUAUGGAAGUAGGAACAGAAAGACACUGCUAUAUUUGUGUAUCUGAGUGCAUGUUUCUGUACAAAUAUUGAAGCUCAGCCACAUACAUGCAAGGCAGGUUCAGAAAAACUGGAUCUGGGUGGCAGUAUUUGACUUGAGUUCCUAAAAUUUAAAGGCCAAGUUUCAGGGCACAAAUUUCUUCCUUAUUCUGUGUCCCAGAUUGUCACUUUGCAAUGGACUAAAAGUAACGCUGAGUUUGUGAA